AAUGAACUACAGUCAAUUUGUUGCCAGCCUAUUGGAAGUGUCCGCAUUAUUUUUGUUGAUGUCGUCGACUGCUUCAUUCAUUUCUCAAAAGUUGUCUGUUUCUAGGUAGUAAGAUCUAUAAUCGUCGGUAACUGAAUGCGACCUUUGUGAAGAUUUGUACGUUUUUCAAUAGUAGAAUAAUUCUACAGGAAUGCAGAAUGGAUACAAGCAGGUUUGCCAUGACAGCUGAGGAAUAUUUAGCAAGUCAGCACAUUCCCGUGUACCUAGAGGAUGCCAUCAGUCAGUUGAUGGAACACAAAGAAGAAUAUCCCAAAGUCAACCCGGCAAGGUUUCUUCAAGACUAUUUUCUCAGCAUUCAGCAAGGGACCCAUAUACUCUUUCGGGAGUACAACUUCCUCCGAGCCACGCCCCACAAUCGAGCAUCCUUCAUCCGCACAUUUUGGAAAUCCUUCCGUCAUAUCGGCGACAGUGGAGAUUUAUUGAACGUCGGGGAAUACCACUCUCUCCUCUGUCUCCUGUGUCCGGACUUCCCCCUCGAUCUCGUUCAAGGAACAGCUCGGAUCAUCUUUCUAGAAGACGCUAUGGACUCCCUGACAUCAUUUGCUGACUUCCUCUACGCCUUCCAAGUGCAGUUCUACUUUGAAGAUUUUCUGCACAUGUGCUCGUCCGUGUACCACCAUCUGGUGGCGUCGUUACCGAGUCCCCGAGAGGCAGUGUACAUCCCGAGUGAAUCCUCCCCCAGACAAGAGAAGAAACAUCCCAAACCCGUGGAGCAUGCCACGCCCGAUGGGGUGGAGUCCAGACUGUUCCUUGAAGCGUUGACAAAAGAAUGCGCAGAGGCUACCUACAGUUGCCCGCCAGUCAUCUGCUUGUCUAAAAUUCUAAACAGCGCCCCCAGGGUAUCGUUUUACGGCUUUCUGAGUCGUCUCGCUAAGAGUGGAGCAAUAAAUGAGAGUGUUCGGAUGCUUCCGGCCAAGGGAUCGUUGUAUGAGGGUACCGACCAAGAGCUCACAUCACCGAUCACAAGAACCCAACAAACCAGCUGAGCAAACAAGAGACGAUUUGUAACCGAGGAAGUACCCCCUCUAAGAUCUGUUGCACACCCCAUCAGUGUUGUAGCUAUAGACCAAGUUUAGUGUUGGGCUCUAAAUGUUUAGAUAUGGGGCCAUCAUUGCUUAAGUCAUGUAAGUUGAAUCUAGGGGAAAUCUGUGCUGGGUAGCACAGUGUAUUUUGCUCAGAGUGCUGAGCGAGAUUCGUUAGUUCUGGGCAGGCCCGCCCAGAACCGCCCACCUUGGCUACGACACUGUACACUAUAACUGGAAAAGUUCAUCCAAGUGCAAAACAAACGGGGGCUACAUGUAGCCCUUUUCACACUUGUCUCUUAUCCCCUGGGAGUUCAGCCCUGAAGAGGCAGCAGGAUUUGUUUCACCCUACCGUUAACAUCAUCAGUCUCCGCCUAGAUCACUAUUCCACGGGAGUCUGGCAGCACAUUUCCUCAGGGAAUACAGUAGUGUGAAAAAAGGCUAAGAGGUGUACAAUGGGAGACUUUCUGGGACGAUAGAGGGCAGCAGACUUACCGGGUAAAUCCAUUGUUCUCAGAAUUAUGCG